GUUCCACUGAACAUGUUCCGAAAUCAACAGAUGAACAAUUGAAUGUAAGCGAGGACGACGAAAUAGUUUCGACCUUUGAUAACACGAAUAAGUAAAUAAAUACGCAGGCAAUGAACAAAGAUAACUCCAACAUGCAGAUGGAUCCUGCAUUGGCAUUGCGCCUGCUAGCUGACGGCGCAGUUUUGGCCAUAGCUGGUGUUCCUCUGGGCACAGAGUUUGGCAUUGACUUGUGCGCUUAUACCAUAGGUCCAGAUUUUCGUGGCGUCAAAAUGAUACCACCCGGUGUGCAUUAUGUGUGGUGCGCAUCCCGCGGCCCGUAUGGCGACGCUGCACCUCGUGUAGGCUUCGUCCAUUUUUUUCAUCCCAAUGAGAUUCUUGUGCGUGAGUGGGAUAAUGAGUUAGAGGAGUUGCGUCCACGCCAGACAGCCGAUCCGGUCUUAGAGCGCGAACGUAUACGCAAGAAUCUAGCCCAACUAGAACGUGUUCUGGCUCCGUACGACUAUCGUUAUGUGUGUCAGUGGAAAGAUCUAACUGGCAGCGUUACCGAAUCGUGCGUAAUUCGUUGCCAGCCCGAACUUGGAACAAUACGAACCAACAUUGAACUACAGUCCUGUGCGGAUGCUGACAGGCCACGCGGUGGAACAGACAACAUUAGCAAACGGAAUACAGCAGCGAAGUUGCUGUUGGAUGAAAGUGAGAUGCUACCAUGUUUGAAGCCCGUGGAGGGCACUGCGCCACGUUUCUGUACUGUGCCCAAACGUGUUCCACAAAACUCACCUCCAGCGGAUGUUUCGCGACAUGCCAUAGACUGCAUAGCAGCUGUGGAUUUGCUAUUCGAAAAUUUUGAUAAUAAUCCCGACGCACUCAUUGAGGAGCUACAGCUGGCGUUUGUGUUCUUUUUAGUUGGCUAUUCGGUGGAAUCUUUGGACCACUGGCGCAAGCUGCUCGCCCUGCUAGCACACUCGGAGACGGCUGUUGGUAAAUAUAAAUUGGCCUUUAUGAAAUAUAGUGAAGUGCUGGCUCACCAGUUGCCGCACCUGCCUGAGGAGCUAAUGGCGCCCACGAUGCACAACACAGUCUUCAAAGAUGUUCGCGAGCUCUUAGUAAAUCUCUACGCUGGCGGUCUCAUGGUAAGCGCUGAGCGCUUAAUUAAACGUUUGGCCAAGCACUUAAACUGGCACUUUGAGGGACUACUUGACGAGGAUCCCGAAGAACAACCCGUGGUCAUAGAGCUGCCACAAGGCGAAGUAAAUUGGACGUCUUAACGAAGAGAAUGCUGGGUACGCAAAUAAUUCCACAGAUCCCGGGCCGUGCGUAUGCUGACC